GACAUGCUACAAUCCAAUCCCUCGAAAGUGGGAAGAUACACAGUGGUAGCGGUUGGUUUGGUUUCUCAAACCAGCAGAGAUGAUGAUACCGGCGGAGGAGGCGCUGCAGAUCGUGCUGAGAGUCGCUCAGCGCCUGCCACCCGUCUCGGUACCCUUGCACGAAGCUCUGGGCAUGGUCUUGGCCGAAGACAUCACGGCCCCCGAUCCUCUCCCUCCUUACCCUGCCUCCGUCAAGGAUGGCUUUGCAGUAGUUGCCACAGAUGGGCCUGGUGAAUAUCCCGUAAUAACUGAAUCAAGAGCAGGAAAUGAUGGAGUUGGUGUGACUGUGACCCCAGGAACUAUAGCAUAUGUAACGACCGGAGGACCAAUACCUGAAGGUGCUGACGCAGUUGUGCAAGUAGAGGACACCGAAGUAAUAAAAGGUGAUUCCAUUGAAGCAAAGAGAGUAAGAAUAUUGGUACAAACUAGCCAAGGUGUUGAUAUUCGUCCAGUGGGAUGUGACAUAAACAAAGAUGAUGUGGUGCUGAAGUCUGGAGAGAGAUUAGGGGCUGCAGAAAUUGGUCUACUUGCCACUGCAGGUGUAAUGAUUGUGAAGGUAUAUCCUUCCCCAACAAUUGCUGUGCUUUCCACAGGAGAUGAACUUGUAGAGCCAGCAACUGCAAAUUUAAGUCGUGGCCAGAUUAGGGACUCCAACCGUGCAAUGCUUCUUGCUGCAGCAGCGCAGCAGCAGUGUAAGGUCGUUGACCUUGGUAUCGCUAGCGAUGAUGAAGAAACUAUAGAGAGGGUUUUGGAUGGUGCAUUCUCUUUUGGAAUUGAUAUUCUCUUAACUUCGGGAGGUGUUUCCAUGGGAGAUAGGGAUUUUAUCAAGCCUUUGCUUCACAAGAGAGGGAAAGUGUAUUUUGACAAGGUUUGCAUGAAACCAGGAAAGCCUCUCACAUUUGCUGAAAUUGUUCCAGAAUCACCAAAUAACUUGACGGCAAAAAAGAUUCUUGCAUUUGGGUUACCAGGAAAUCCAGUGAGCUGUAUAGUCGGUUUCCAAGUCUUUGUGGUUCCCACCAUUCGCCACCUUGCAGGAUGGGCAAAUCCUCACCUCCCAAGAGUGCAUGCUUGUCUUAGGCGGUCCUUAAAACCAGAUCCUGUCCGUCCAGAAUUUCAUCGUUCCAUUAUUAGUUGGGAGGUCAAUGAUGGAUCUGGCAAUCCAGGUUUUGUCGCUGAGAGCACUGGUCAUCAGAUGAGUAGUCGGCUUUUAAGUAUGAAGUCAGCAAAUGCGUUGUUAGAACUGCCAGCAUCAGAUGGCGUAAUAUCUGCUGGGACUGCUGUGACAGCCAUCUUAAUUUCUGAUUUUAGUAGUUCUUCUGUGAGCAAGAGUUUAGUAUCACCAGAUUUAGGUUGUGCUACACGAGGAAGUGUGACUCAAGAAGCAAGUGCAGGUGAUUCACAGGGUUCAGAGUUUAGAGUAGCUAUCCUUACAGUGAGUGAUACAGUAGCAUCAGGGUCUGGACCAGACCGAAGUGGUCCAAGGGCUGUUUCUGUGGUUAAUUCGUCAUCAGAAAGAUUAGGAGGAGCAAAGAUAGUUGCAACAGCUGUGGUUCCUGAUGAGGUGUCUAAAAUCAAGGACGUUCUGCAGAGAUGGAGUGAUGUUGACCAAGUGGAUCUUGUUCUUACGCUCGGUGGUACUGGUUUCACCCCCAGAGAUGUUACCCCUGAAGCAACAAAAGAUGUGAUAGAGAAAGAAACUCCUGGUCUUCUAUAUGUCAUGAUGCAAGAGAGUCUGAAGGUGACACCAUUUGCUAUGCUCUCACGCUCUGCUGCUGGAAUAAGAGGAUCAACACUGAUAAUCAACAUGCCGGGGAAUCCAAAUGCAGUUGCCGAGUGUGUGGAGGCUCUGUUACCGGCCCUCAAGCAUGCAUUGAAGCAGAUAAAGGGGGACAAGAGAGAGAAGCAUCCUAGCCAUGUCCCUCAUGCACAAGCAGCUCCUGCAGACACCUGGGAAAAUAGUUACCAGUUGGCUUCUAGUGGCAGCAAAGAACCUGGUGGUUCCUGUUCCCAUUGAAGUAACUUGGCAUUUUACCUUUUCCGGAUGCACCCUGUAAUUGUGUGAGAUAAUGAAACACGGAUACGAAGGGAUGCAAUUGUAAAGAUAUUGAAACAGAGAGUGGGAGAGAACGAAGAUCUGUUGAAUACGAAACAGUACAUGAAGCAUUGUGAAAUAAGAUAAAAGAUUUUUUUUCCCUUUUUGCCCAA